AAAACUCAAUAGUCGCAUAUAAAAAAUGGGGAGGAUGUCCUUUAUUCGCAUUGGUGAUGAACUAAAAUAAGACGGAGUAAAAUUCACCCUUUCAAUCUUAUAAACCCUGAACCCCAGACUUGUGUAUCUCCUGCAAUUAGCACUGAAAUCAGCCUCAAUCGGUGUACUGAAAUAAGCAGACAGCAGCGCUGUGUUUCUUCUCCAGCAAGAUGAAGUCACUCUCCGAACUCAACGAUGAAAUUGUUCGCAGCAUGACAGUUGGAGCCGUGUUCACUGAUUUUGGUGGAAAGAUAAGUUCACUCGAUUUUCAUAGGACUGCUGAUUUAUUGAUAACUGCAAGCGAAGAUGAUUCUGUUAGACUUUUUGACACUGCAAAUGCUCAGCUGUUGAAGACCACAUAUCAUAAGCAGCAUGGUGCUGAUCGAGUCUGCUUCACCCAUCACCCUAGUUCUGUUAUAUGCUCUUCAAGACACAAUUUGGCUACCCAUGGAGAAUCAUUGCGAUACCUUUCUAUGUAUGAUAAUCGAUGCCUUCGUUACUUCAAUGGACAUAAAGAGAGGGUUGUGUCAUUAUGCAUGUCUCCUAUGAAUGAUAGCUUCAUGUCUGGCUCUCUUGAUCAUAGUGUCCGAAUGUGGGAUCUACGCGUGAACGCAUGCCAGUUUUCAGGGGAUUAUGCACCUACGAGGCAGACCAACUGUUGCAUAUGAUCAUCAAGGUCUUGUAUUUGCAGUAGCAAUGGAAGGUGGUGCUAUUAAAUUGUUCGAUUCUAGAUCAUAUGACAAGGGUCCUUUCGAUACAUUCCUUGUUGGUGGAGAUACUGCUGAGGUGUGUGAUAUAAAAUUUAGCAACGACGGUAAAUCGAUGCUUUUGACAACUACAAGCAAUAGCAUUUAUAUCCUUGAUGCUUAUUGUGGAGAAAAGAAAGGUGGAUUCAAUUUGGAACCCUCCCCAAACACCACAAUAGAAGCAACCUUUACUCCUGAUGGACAAUACCUUUUGUCAGGCUCAGGGGAUGGAAACUUACAUGCUUGGAACAUUGAUAAACUUAACAAGGUGGCUUCAUGGGAUAGCUAUGUGGGGAUUGCAUCUUGUGUUAAAUGGGCUCCAAGAAGGGUAAUGUUUGCAGCUGCAUCUUCCGUUCUGACCUUUUGGAUACCUUCUGGCAAUUCAAUGCCUUUUGCUGCUCCUCCUCCGGGCAAUAAUGUCUCUUCCUAAAUUUGUCAUUCAAUUAACUGCAACACUCUUGUUUCCCUUCCAUGGCUGGGUAGAAAGGCCAAUACCGUCUCUCUUGUUUUUUUUUUGCUAGGACGUUUUUUUAAUUAAAAAUGUAAAAAUCCCCUAGCAAAUGUGUGUAUCCACUGGUAGAUAUGCACUCAUAUGCAUAUGCACUGGUAGUGGUGACGAAAUGCAGUAUCCGGUUUGUAAUUGCAAUUAAUUAAGAUGGAAACCCAAAUGAAUUCGUAAUUGCAAUUAAUCAUUAUGGAAAUCCACAUUAGGCAUUUUAUUUAAAAA